CCCAAAAUCCUUAACCAAUUAAGGCACAACAUAUUGUCCAUGCCAAUAAUAAUUCAACCAAAAUAUUCAUAAAAAUAAGAAAAUAAAAAAGACAAAAAUAUGUUAAUAUCUAAGUUGAUCUCAUAAAUCAUAGACUUGUAUUUUAAUCCCUUCACCACAUCUCAUAGAUGUGCUACCUACAACACUUUUGCUACAUAUAAUUAAAUAUCUUUUAUUCAACUUGCAUUUCAUUAAUCUCCAAAUUUGUUUUUUAUUUUUAUUUUUUAUAUAUUCAGUCUUUUUUCUCUGUUUUUCUGAUCACUUUCCAGAAGAUCAGAGAUCGAGUAUUUGCUUGUAUCAGGUGGAUUAUUAAGAUAAUAUGGCAAAGAUACUAUUACAUGGUGUUCUUCAUGUUACCAUUUACGAGGCCACUCGACUGUUUGGUGGUGGUGGUGGCAGAUUCUUCCACAAGGUGGUAGAAGGGCUUGAAAAUGUGAUAGGAAAAGGUGCAGGGAGACUGUAUGCUUCAGUGGAUAUAGAAGGAGCAAGAGUUGGGCGAACAAGGCUUAUAGAAAACGACCCAAACCCCCGUUGGUACGAGCAGUUCCAUAUUUACUGUGGCCAUAUGGCUUCUGAUGUAAUCUUUACCUUGAAAGAAGAUGAAGCCAUUGGAGCAACCCUUCUCGGAAGAGCUUAUCUCCCUGUAACCGACAUCCUAGGUGGGGAAGAAGUCGACACAUGGCUUGAUAUCCUCGACAAGAAUGGCAAACCUAUACACAAAGGGUCUAAAGUCCAUGUCAAAGUCCAAUUCUUUGAUGUCACUAGAGAUUUAAACUGGAAUAAAGGGAUUAAAACACCCAAAUUCCCUGGGGUACCCUACACUUAUUUUACUCAAAGGAACCAAUGUAAGGUGACUCUGUACCAGGAUGCUCAUGUUCCUGAUGAUUUUGUCCCUAAGAUCCCUCUCGCGGGUGGGAACUACUAUAAGCCAAACCGUUGUUGGGAAGACAUCUUUGAUGCUAUUACGGAUGCUAAACAUUUAAUUUACAUAGCAGGGUGGUCAGUUUAUACUGAGAUUACCUUAAUAAGGGAUACUAGAAGGCCAAGACCUGGUGGAGAUAUGACUUUAGGUGAGCUUCUUAAGAAGAAAGCAAUGGAAGGAGUGAGAGUUUUGAUGCUGGUUUGGGAUGACAGGACUUCGAUAAAAGGUCUGAAGGAAGACGGACUCAUGGCCACCCAUGAUGAAGAGACAUCAAACUUUUUCGCGGGUACUGAAGUGCAUUGUGUGUUAUGCCCUCGAAACCCUGACAGUGGGAGGAGUUUUAUUCAGAAUAUUGAGAUUGGCACGAUGUUCACCCACCACCAGAAGAUCGUUGCUGUAGAUACUGCACUCCCUAGUAGUGGAAGUGGUUCAGAUAAAAGAAGAAUCAUGAGCUUUGUUGGAGGUAUAGAUCUUUGUGACGGGCGUUAUGACACUCAAUUCCACUCCCUGUUCAGGACUCUUUCUACUGCUCACCAUGAUGAUUUCCAUCAGGCCAACUACAGCAGUGCCUCGAUUAGUAAAGGUGGGCCUCGAGAGCCAUGGCACGACAUUCACUGUAGACUAGAAGGGCCAGUUGCUUGGGAUGUCCUGUAUAAUUUCGAGCAAAGAUGGAGGAAGCAAGGUACUAUUGAUCUUCUGCUUGACCUACGAGGAAUGAACUCAACAUUCAUCCCUCCUUCUCCUGUUACUUUUCCUGAUGAUCAAGAAUCCUGGAACGUUCAAGUCUUUCGAUCAAUAGAUGGUGGGGCUGCUUUCGGCUUCCCUGACUCCCCUGAAGAGGCUGCAAAAGCAGGGCUUAUAAGUGGGAAAGACAGCAUCAUUGAUCGAAGCAUUCAAGAUGCUUAUAUCAAUGCUAUACGAAGAGCAAAGAGGUUUAUAUACAUUGAGAAUCAGUACUUCAUAGGGAGCUCAUUUGGUUGGAAAGCUUCAGAUAUUACUCCUGCUGCUAUUGAAGCCCUGAAUCUCAUCCCUAAAGAACUCUCCUUAAAGAUCAUUAGUAAGAUUGAAAAAGGGGAGAGGUUUACUGUGUAUGUUGUUCUACCAAUGUGGCCUGAAGGGUUUCCAGAAAGCGCGUCAGUUCAGGCUAUACUUGAUUGGCAGAGAAGAACUAUGGAAAUGAUGUAUACUGAUGUGCUUCAGGCACUUAAAGCUCAAGGGAUUCAGGCUGACCCUAAGGAGUAUCUGACAUUCUUUUGUCUAGGGAACCGUGAGGUCAAGAAGCCCGGUGAGUAUGAGCCUAUAGAUAGGCCGGCACCUAAUACUAAUUACAGUCAAGCACAGGAAGCUAGGAGGUUCAUGAUCUAUGUACAUGCUAAGUUGAUGAUAGUUGAUGAUGAGUACAUAAUAGUUGGUUCUGCCAACAUAAACGAGAGGUCAAUGAACGGAGCAAGGGACUCAGAGAUAGCUAUGGGAGCCUACCAACCACACCACAUAACUAGCCACAGGAAUGAGCCAGCAAGAGGUCAAGUUCAUGGUUUCAGAAUGUCAUUGUGGUACGAGCAUUUAGGCAUGCUUGAUAAUGUGUUCCUUGAACCAGAGAGUGUGGAAUGUGUAAGGAAAGUGAAUCAAACCGCGCUAAAGAACUGGGAUUUAUACACUUCUGAGACCUUGGAACAUGAUCUUCCUGGGCACUUACUUAGGUAUCCUGUUGGAAUCACUGAAGAAGGCGAGGUUGUUGAGCUUCCGGGUUGGGAGUAUUUCCCUGAUACUAAAGCUAGAGUUGUUGGCGUGAAAGCUGAUUCUCUACCUCCUAUCCUCACCACUUAACCAAGCCUCCAAACUUGCUUAUAGUCUUGUGUUGUUACAAUGCUAUGUAAACUGUAAAGGUUGGAUAAGAGUAUGUGUGUGGUUGGAUGGUUCGAUGAGAAUAGUGUUGUGUACUUGUGUUGUAUGACGGUUUUAUUGGCUUAUGUAGCUCUAAUCCUGUUUAUUGUUUUGAAUAAAUACAUGCUAUUUAGUUACUUA